GGAAAAAAACGGGCCUGACGUAGAGGCACACCUCUCGAUGGAAAGACACCAGCCGGGGACCGAAAAGGCACCUUAGCGGGAAGGACAGGCCGAGCGGACUGGCUCCUCCGGCUGCAGCGGUGGACGCAGACUCCCGGUGCAGCAGACGCGCCGGAGAUUCCCGAACCCGGCCGAGCCGAGCCGAGCCGAGCCGAGGGCGCACCGCGGCGUCCCGCACAGCCGUCACCGCAUCAUAUUCCCCCGCAAGAUCAGAUCUGCAAUGCUCAUAUUGUGAGAGGGCAGAGACACGGGUUUAAAACUGCCAACUUUAUUUCAACAUGUCAGACAACAACAGCCCUGCAAACUCCACAGAGACCAAGAAAAUAGAUGUGAGAAUGAAUGAGAAGAAGUGCUCCUGGGCUUCCUACAUGACAAAUUCCCCAACAAUGAUUGUGAUGAUCGGCCUGCCUGCGAGAGGGAAGACUUACAUGUCCAAGAAACUUACACGCUACCUGAACUGGAUUGGAGUGCCAACCAAAGUGUUUAACCUGGGUGUGUACCGCAGAGAGGCCGUCAAGUCUUACAAGUCCUAUGACUUCUUCCGUCACGACAAUGAGGAAGCCAUGAAAAUAAGAAAGCACUGUGCUCUCAUAGCUCUGCAGGAUGUGAAGGCAUACCUAACAGAGGAGGGAGGUCAGAUUGCAGUUUUUGAUGCAACAAACACGACACGAGAACGGAGAGACCUCAUUCAAGCUUUUGUGAAGGAGAAUGCUUUCAAGGUGUUCUUCGUGGAGUCGGUGUGCGAUGACCCAGAAGUCAUUGCUGCUAACAUUAUGGAAGUGAAGGUGUCCAGUCCGGACUACCCCGAAAGACACAGAGAAAGAGUAAUGGAUGACUUCCUUAAGCGGAUUGAGUGCUACAAGGUCACUUACCAACCUUUGGACCCUGAUGACUAUGAUAAGGACCUCUCCUUCAUCAAGGUGGUGAAUGUGGGCCGCCGUUUCCUGGUGAACCGUGUGCAGGACUACAUCCAGAGCAAGAUUGUCUACUACCUCAUGAACAUCCACGUGCACUCUCAUUCCAUCUACCUGUGUCGGCACGGAGAGAGCAACCACAAUGUUGAAGGGCGCAUCGGGGGAGACUCUGAACUUUCCCCCCGUGGGAAGCAGUUCGCCCACGCGCUGCGAGACUUUAUCGACGAGCACAAGCUGUCAGACUUGAAGGUGUGGACGAGCCAGCUGAGGAGGACCAUCCAGACGGCGGAGGAGCUCAGCGUGCCGUACGAACAGUGGAAGAUCCUCAACGAGAUCGAUGCUGGUGUGUGUGAAGAGAUGACGUAUGAGAUGAUCCAGGAGACGUUUCCAGAAGAGUUUGCUUUGAGGGACCAGGACAAGUAUCACUACCGCUACCCAGGAGGAGAGUCCUACCAGGAUCUGGUUCAGCGCCUGGAGCCGGUUAUCAUGGAGUUAGAGAGACAGGGCAACGUGCUGGUCGUCUGCCACCAGGCUGUGAUGAGAUGUCUUCUAGCAUAUUUUCUCGACAAGGGUGCAGAUGAUCUUCCCUACAUGAAAUGUCCACUCCACACAGUUCUCAAGCUCACUCCGGUUGCGUAUGGUUGUAAAGUGGAGAUGUUUUACCUUAAUGUGGAGGCGGUAAACACACAUCGAGACCGGCCUCUUGGUAAAUUCCCGAAGGACUCAGCCCCCUUACACCGGCGGAAUAGUUACACUCCCUUGUCCAGUCACGACCAGGUCAAGCGGCCCAGGCUCUACAGCGCAGGCAACCAGCCCUGGCUCCCGCUCGCCCCCACCCCGGUGGCUCUGAUGCCAGAGGGACUGCAAAGCCAAACUCGGAUAGGAAGCGGUUGUCUGAAUCCCUGUGCGAAGGAGUUGACUUUGACAACCCCGAAGAAACUAGUGGCUGUGUCCGUUUCUGAGUGAAGAAGUCGGGAUAUUCUUCAGACCUUUCCUCGUGUUGAAGUGUGCACAUCAUUUGGCUGCAGUCAUGAUUCAAAAACACAUGUGAAUUAUUUUAGCCAUUUAAAUUUUUUUUUUUUUUUUUUUAAAGAUGUAGGGUUUGAAAGUCCAAGGUGAAAUUACUUUCUUUUCAAUGUCAGUCCACAUAUGCAGGAGGUGGCAUGUUUUUUUUUAUCUAUCUCAAGCUAUUUGUCCAUACUCUGCAUGCUGCAGUCUAGAAACCUUUUACCAAAAACACUUUAUGCAUGUCCACCAAAAUAAAUCAACCAACCACAGAGAAACAAAGAUAUUACCAACAUGGCAACUGAUUCUCACCUCACAUUUUAAUGCCUUACUGACCUGUAAAUGUAUUAUACUAUAUAUGUUUAUGUAGAAUUAGUUCCUCUGUAUACCACUGAAUGUAAGUCUUUGGGUUAUGAUCAUAAAAAGUUGGUUUCGUGAUUGCAGAGAGGAGGUAUUAUGAUGUGGAUGCUACAGAGAUAUUUUUGUAAUACUAACGCACUUGUCUACAGUGUUUGAACAAUCAGUAGUUGCUAGUCUUGUUAGAUGAAUUAACGGCUCGUCCUCCGUUAAGUCUUAAUGUAAGAAAAGAUGUCAGGUACCGGAGGAAGUUUAAUAAACUGAGAGUUUUCCAUCGAUUUUAGAAGCAUUGUAUUUUGAAUGUGUUAGAAAAAUUUGUUUUGCAUUACCAGAGAAGAACUUUGCAAACCUAUGAUAUUAUAAUACAUCAUCCAUCCCCUGUUCUUUCCUCCGUAUCCAGUAAAGGGGACUUUGUUUAAUGAAACAAACUAUCAAAUGUGUCAUCUGUUCCUUGUGCUCAUGUUAUAAUAGCAUGUCUGAAUUGUAUCAUGCUGAGGAGCUUUUUGUGUGAACGCACAAAAUCUUUUUCCUUUAUUCAAAACAAAGUAUGGAGUUGUUUAUGUUAAGUCCAGUUGUGAAUGUUGAUGCGUUAUUGCCCUGCUCAAAGCAGCCCACUGUGCCUUUUAAGCAGACAAUAAAAGUGAAUUUUGAAGGGAU